AUGGAUGCGCACAAUUUGCAGGCUGCGUCGACUUAUGUCAACAAUAUUUUGUUGGCGCGCGGUUUACUCAAUGAUGGGGCUUCAAUCGAUUUUGCUCAUCCCGAAAAUGAGGAGGGGGGAACCGAAGCUACUAUGGCGCGAAUCAUUAACCUAGUCAACGACUUGGUUAUAAGGAGAGAUCGAGAAGCUGAGCAUCGUGAGAAUUUAGCAACAACAAUUCGAACCCUGCGGGGUAGCGAGUCGGAGCAGACUUUGGAGAUCGGGAAACUGAAGACCAAAUCAUCCGAAUUGAAACGAUCGCUAGCCCUCACUGAGGCAUCAGAGCGUGCGCUCCGCUCUAACAUGUCCAGCGCCGAAGCGUCCAUCCGAGGAUUGAAAGAGCAAGUCCAGCGCAUGAAGAGCACCGUCCAGCAAGUGCGCGCCCAAUGCGCAAAUGACAUACGCAAACGUGAUCUCGAAAUGCAGAAAUUAAAAUCCCACCUAGCGGACCGGCAGCGGGGAAAGCGCGAGGGAUUGAGCGUCACUACCAUCAACAUAAACCCAUCCUCGACACGUUCUCGAUUGAGAUCUAGUGGUGGUGAUAGAGUCAAUGAUCCGGGAUAUAGUCUUAAGCAAGAGACAACAGACUUCCUGACCGAGUUGUGCCAAAAUCUGAGUGAUGAGAAUGAUACAUUGAUCGAGCUUGCGCGAAACACCGUCGAGACUUUGAGAGAGGUUCAAGGACUUCCCCAGGAUGAGGAAGGAAAUCAGAGCGAGGAGACGCCAGGAUUGGCAGCCAGUGUUGGACCACAAAAGUCGGCUAACGCUGUAACCACACUCCCUACGUCAACCGAGGAGCUGUCUAUGCGAAUGAAUGCGGUGCUGGAUCACUUGCGAACCCUUCUCACGAACCCCUCCUUUGUGCCGCUGGAGGAGGUCGAGAUCCGGGACGAAGAGAUCGCAAGACUGCGCGCAAGCUGGGAGAAGAUGGAAAAUCGCUGGAGUCAAGCAAUGACUAUGAUGGAUGGAUGGCAGCGCCGUCUUGCAGAUGGUGGUGACUCGGUUCGGGUAGAAGAGCUGAAGCUCGGCAUGAAUCUUGAUCUUAGUUUCAACUCCACUGAAGGUGUGAGCAUGCAGGAACAGACAGAGAACAAGCCCAUUUCGCCGAUUCUGGAGGACCAAGAGGAAAUGAGCGAAAGAGAGGAGCAGCCAGAUGAUGCGCCGUUGACUCGCUCCAAGAUCCGCAAGGUCCCGGAGCGCGCAGAGCGAGCUUUACGAGAACGCAGUGAUAACAUAGCUGCCAGGCCUAAAAGACUUCGAAAAGUUUCGUUCACUCCUGGUCUACAAGGAUCGCCAUGCCUACCUAUUGCGGACGAUGAAACCCUGCAGAUUAAGGCUCACAGAUCAGGAGCCGUGACUCGCCGGCCCUCACGUCGCAAGACCGAUCUCGGGGCAAGCCAGCUAGGCAAUGCCACCGAGUCUAUGAGUGUUCACCAAAAAUUAGCUGCAGCCGAAGAUGAAGCGCGUGCUGCAGCAAAUUCUCGUAAGGAGCGAGAGACACGAAAAAGAAGUCGACCAGAGAAAGUGCCCAGCCGGUCUGGCAACAGACGCCGAAGUACACUCACCAAUGACGAACUGGAUGAUCUCAUGGGUGUUCCCUCACGAUGA